ACCGAUCAGGACCCCCUUACAUUUCUUAGGCAUCAGUGUCACCAAGCUUUCCAGUGUCAGCUCUUCCGGAUUGUUCCUUUUCCUGGGUAAUCAAGGCCAAGCCUCUGGAAAUCACCAUUCCCUGUGAUUUGACUACUGGAAGUGUCUCAUAUGAGUGAGAAAGUAUUAUGAGGGAUACUGAGGACUUCAUGCUUUGGACUGAGACAAGGUGCUGAAAUUAGAAAUUGCCACUUCUGAGAGGAUGCUGGGAAUUUUCAGAGGGAGACGGAAAUUUUUGGCUGCCUCUUUGACUCUGCUCUGCAUCCCAGCCAUCACCUGGAUUUACUUAUUUGCUGGGAGCUUUGAAGAUGGGAAGCCGGUGUCUCUGUCUCCCCUGGAGUCCCAAGCCCACAGUCCCAGGUACACUGCCUCCAGCCAGCGGGAGCGGGAGAGCCUGGAGGUUCGUGUCCGAGAGGUGGAGGAGGAAAACCGUUCUCUGCGCAGGCAGCUCAGCCUGGUCCAGGGUCAGGGCCCUGCUCAACGCCGUGGGAAUCACUCCAAGACCUACUCCAUGGAAGAGGGAACCGGGGACAGUGAGAACCUGCGGGCUGCCAUCGUGGCAGGCAACAGCUCUGAGUGUGGACAGCAGCCAGCUGUGGAGAAGUGUGAGACCAUCCAUGUGGCUAUUGUCUGUGCAGGAUACAACGCCAGCAGGGAUGUUGUCACCUUGGUCAAGUCGGUCCUCUUUCACAGGCGGAACCCUCUGCAUUUCCACCUCAUUGCUGAUUCUAUUGCGGAGCAGAUCCUGGCUACGCUCUUCCAAACCUGGAUGGUACCUGCAGUGCGUGUGGACUUCUAUAAUGCUGAUGAGCUCAAGUCUGAAGUGUCCUGGAUCCCCAACAAACAUUACUCUGGGAUUUAUGGCCUGAUGAAGCUGGUUCUGACCAAGACUCUACCUGCCAACCUUGAGAGAGUCAUUGUCCUAGACACUGACAUUACCUUUGCAACUGACAUUGCAGAGCUAUGGGCCGUGUUCCAUAAGUUUAAAGGCCAACAGGUCCUGGGCUUGGUAGAGAACCAGAGUGACUGGUAUCUUGGAAAUCUCUGGAAAAAUCACCGUCCAUGGCCAGCCCUUGGAAGGGGCUACAACACAGGAGUCAUACUAUUGCUUCUGGAUAAGCUGCGCAAGAUGAAAUGGGAACAGAUGUGGAGACUGACAGCAGAGAGGGAACUCAUGGGCAUGCUGUCUACCUCUUUGGCUGACCAGGAUAUUUUCAAUGCUGUCAUCAAACAAAACCCCUUCCUGGUGUAUCAGCUCCCCUGCUUCUGGAAUGUACAGCUGUCAGACCACACUCGCUCCGAGCAGUGCUACAGAGAUGUGUCUGAUUUAAAGGUCAUCCACUGGAACUCCCCCAAGAAGCUCCGUGUGAAAAACAAACAUGUGGAAUUCUUCCGCAACCUCUACCUGACCUUUCUUGAGUAUGAUGGCAACCUCCUGAGGAGGGAACUGUUUGGCUGCCCCAGCGAAACUGAUGUCAACAGUGAAAAUCUUCAGAAGCAGCUGGCAGAGCUGGAUGAGGAUGACCUGUGCUAUGAAUUCCGGCGAGAACGCUUCACUGUUCACCGAACCCACCUGUACUUCCUGCACUAUGAGUUCGAGCCUGCUGCUGACAAUACAGACGUUACCCUGGUAGCUCAGCUCUCCAUGGACAGACUCCAGAUGCUAGAGGCCAUCUGUAAACACUGGGAGGGGCCCAUCAGCCUGGCCCUCUACCUGUCCGAUGCUGAAGCCCAGCAGUUCCUCCGCUAUGCCCAGGGAUCCGAGGUGCUCAUGAGCCGCCACAAUGUGGGCUACCACAUCGUGUAUAAGGAGGGUCAGUUCUAUCCUGUCAACCUCUUGCGCAAUGUGGCUAUGAAGCACAUCAGCACACCCUACGUGUUCUUAUCUGACAUUGACUUCCUGCCCAUGUAUGGUCUCUAUGAGUACCUCAGGAAGUCUGUCAUCCAGCUUGACCUUGCCAACACGAAGAAAGCAAUGAUUAUUCCCGCAUUCGAGACACUACGAUACCGACUCUCUUUCCCCAAGUCAAAAGCAGAGCUUCUGUCAAUGUUGGACAUGGGGACCCUAUUUACAUUCAGGUAUCACGUCUGGACUAAAGGCCAUGCACCCACAAACUUUGCCAAGUGGCGGACUGCCACCAUGCCUUACCGGGUUGAGUGGGAGGCUGAUUUUGAACCAUAUGUUGUUGUGAGACAAGACUGCCCUGAGUACGAUCGAAGAUUUGUGGGCUUUGGCUGGAACAAAGUGGCUCACAUCAUGGAACUGGAUGCACAGGAGUAUGAGUUCAUCGUGUUGCCCAAUGCCUACAUGAUCCACAUGCCCCAUGCCCCCAGUUUCGACAUCACUAAGUUCCGUUCCAACAAGCAAUACCGCAUAUGUCUCAAAACCCUGAAGGAAGAGUUUCAACAAGACAUGUCUCGACGCUACGGCUUUGCUGCCCUGAAAUAUCUCACGGCGGAAAACAACAGCUAGCACUAUGAAGACCACCACUGGUGAGAGACAUACCACAGAGGAAGAGCCACUUGCUGCCUGGGGCCCAGCCAUUGAAGACAAACUGUAUCACUGUUUUCUUUGGUUUGUUUUCCUUUGUCUCUUUGGCCCCUCAAAGCUGCUCUUUUCCAUGAUCUUGGACAACAACCCAGUCCACCACCAUGAGGUGCUUCCAGAAUGGGACAUGGAAGGGUGGAAGCAAAUAAAGAGUAAACAACUUACCACAAAAUCACAGACUAAGUCAGGAUUUCUGAAUGCUCUAAUUGCUUUUUAAUAAUUACGGUUCAAAUCCUAGCUGUGGAGAAAGAAGUGGCUAUUCUACGGAUUAAUAACUCCAAGAAAUAAAAGCAAGCUACUUCUUCCUAGGAAGGGAAUUUUAUUUCCCCUGCCACCUAGCCAGGUACCCAAGUGGAGAGCAAGCCAAGGAUCCCAACUACCAUCUGGAGACCUGCACAGGGACAUUAUAUAUGCAGGGACCUAGAAGUAGGAUGAAUUAAUUCUUUAUUCUCAAAUUCUCUCUUGUUUUGAGUUGUUUGAAUUUGGGGGGUACUAUUCAUUUUGAUCUAGGAUUCCAAGCUAAAGCAAUUAUCUAAUCAUUAAAGCUCUAAAAGACAAAUCAACUCCCUCAAUCAGCAGUGGCCCGGCAAAGAUGAGCUUCCUCAGAGAAUGUUCACACAUGGACAGCUUCCUUCAGAAUGAACACUGAGAUCCCCUGAUGCUGAGUUCCCACUCUCAAGACCCAGAGUUUUGACAGAAACUACAGAAAAAUGAAGCCAAAACUGUAUGCAAGUCACAUUCUUCUAUGGACAGUAACUAAGUCACAAGGAAAGGGCUUCAAGGAACUACUUCAGUACUCACAGAAGGUAUGAUUCCUCUCUCAGGCCUUUAGAAGAACUUAAUAGUUCACAGUAACCCAGUCCGAAGACUUGUGUGACCACAUGGAAGCCACUGGAAGAAAGGGGUCUGGCACUUACAGAAAAGGGUCAUGCACUUCCCUUUUGGAAGCACAGGAGUUAGUGACCUUAGUUUCCCUCAGGACUUGUCCUGGGGUUGGUAAGCGCCUCUUCACUUCACAGAUGGAGGAAACACUGAACUUUUUACUCAUUUCCUUUACUCUUCACUAUUAAUGUUGUGUUUCCAUUGAUGAGAACAAGAGUUAAUGGCCUACCCAUUGCUGGGCUGUUUGUAUUGAGUUGCUAUGUGACUAGUGAGAGCUGCAUUCAAUAAACAAAAGUAUGGACUGUU